CCACAACUCAAUUCUAUCACUUUACCUGCUGCUAUACUUCACCAUCCUUUCUACGAUCCAUCAUGGCCUGAUGCUGCUAACUUCGGAGGUUUAGGAGUGAUUGUCGGACACGAGCUUACACACGGCUUUGACGAUGAAGGUGUACAAUGGGAUGGAACAGGAAUCCUUAAGGGCUGGAUGGAUAAUUCGUCAACGCUUGGCUUUAAUGGCAUGGCGAACUGUGUGGUGGAUCAAUUUAACCACUUUUGCCCUCUCAAUGAGAAGAAUUUUGAUCGAACUGUAUGCAUAGAUGGUGCCAUGACUCAAGGCGAGAAUAUCGCUGACAGUGGAGGCAUUCAAUCAUCUUACCGCGCUUAUCGCAACUACGUUAAUCUUAAAGGUCCAGAUCUACAGCUUCCUGACGAACUGUUGCAGGGUUUCACAUUGGACCAGCUUUUCUUCUUAACUUUUGCUCAGGCAAGAUCUUCUAAUUUUCGAUUUUCUAUUUUUACGAAAAAUGGAGGCGAAUUAGAUGACUCAGCAUAA